GGCCUGGUCCUUUCCGUGGUCGUGUUGUACUUUGCCAGGAGUGCAGAGCUAGCGGGGGCUCGCUCGGAGACCGUUUCCGUGCCACAGCGAAUCACGUCUCUCCAGCUGUGGGAUGAAGUUGUGAAGAGACAUUCGAGGCUUGCUGUCCUACGGGAUCAGGUGGUCUUUGCUGUUCGGCAGGAAUACGUGCUGCUUGGGGAUCAGCUGCUGGUCCUGCAUUCAGGUGACGAGGUUGCUAUUAUCCCACCCAUCAGUGGUGGCUAAGUCCAGCCGAACACGUUAGGUCCAGAUAACUUCCUCUUUCUGCUAGCUCUCCUGGACAGGAUGUACCAAUAUUCCCUGCUAUAGAGAGCUGUUAUGCUGGCAGUGAGCUGUGAAUGGAGAAACCAUGAAUGAAAUUGAGGAAGAGCCAAAAGAUUUCAU